AUGUCUGCUUGUGAUGGGGACUCCUUGGAGCCAUUGCUUGAACCACUGGAACUGGAGUGUAAGAUUUGCUAUAAUGGCUUUGAUACCAGACAGCACCGCCCUAAAGUGCUGGGAUGUGACCACAGAGUUUGUGCCCGUUGCCUCAGGAAGAUGGCAUGUGCCUGGGGUCCUACUUGGCCAAGCACAAUCUGUUGCCCGUUCUGUCGCCAGGAGACACCACUCCCAGAUGACCUUCAACUUCUGCCAGAUGACAGCUGCCUGCUUUCCACACUUAGUUGUCAUGAGUGGACACGCAAACGUGGUUGCUCAGUGGCACCAGAAGUGCUCCUGAGCCCUGGAGAUUUGUAUGGGGGUCAAAGCUCUUCAGAGUGCCUUGUUAUCACCAUCAUGGAGGUUUCUGAUGAACCUUCAAGAUCUGGUGAUGAGAUGGCUGUGCUAGACAUUCUGAGUGUGAAGAUCUCAUCCAGCCUAGCAUGGCUUCCUGGCCCCUGUGCCCCUCAGCGAUGCUGCCCAUGCCGACCUGUUCCACGUGUCCUGCUGGGCUUUCUGUGCCUCAUAUAUUUUAGUUCACUGCCCCUCGGUGUUUAUCUCCUGAUGAUUCAGCAGCUGCCUCUUGGUGUUGUUCUAGUUAGCUUGGUGCCAUGCACUCUUGUACUUUGUCUCCUUUGCCAAUGCCUGUGCCAUGAAUUGGCUGCCAGCCUCUCAGACUGACACCUAACUUCAUUCUACAUUCUGUUCCACCAACAUUGUUACCUGGCUGUGCCAGUACUGUGCACCAGCACACAACCCUGAUUGUGCCUGAGUUAGGCCACCAGCACUCUGUGCAUGGUAGAUCUGUCUCAGAUUCACACCUUUUCCUUGUACCCAUACUAACCAGUACACCAGCACUACUUAUUCAGACCAACCACCGUUAUCUGUUAUCAAUGUAAUAAUACCUGCACUGCAGCAUUAUAUGUGUAUUUAUCUGAACAAUAUAUAUAGUCUAUUUAUUCAACUGA